UUCAAAAAACCAAUAGUAGGUAUAGAGGAGGAGUGAUGUUCGAAUAAACUAAUUACAUUUGUCUAUAGCCUCCUGAUAAUAAGCUCUUCUUAAUUUUCAUUUUCAUUCGUUAAGCGAUGACCCUCAUUCUGAAAAUAAAUUGGAAGCUCUGAUUACGUGCCUAUUUUGUAUACAAUAUAGAAUGACUACUGUAAUACCAAGGAAGGGAUGAUGUUUGCAGGAGUACAUACAAUUCAAAAGUAUACAUGCAGAAAAACGUGUCCAUCCUUUCGAGAGUGCCAAAUUAGUUAAAACUGCAAAUCUUUGCAACCGAAAUGAGUCAGAAUCGACACAGGAGUGACAUUUCGCACGAUUAAUCUGCGUGCACGUACGCGGGGACACCCCUCUCUGGAGUCCUAGCCCAAUGACAGAAGAAGAAAAACGCAAUAUUUCCCCCUGAUUUUAAAAUCCGCCGAUCAAAGUGGAACGACGGCGUGCAACUCACGACCUGCGCCCUACGGAUGGGCUGGAGGAGUUGCCAGGCAUGCCUCGUGGAGACAUUGAGAUGGGGGGGAAGUUCUGCUUUCCGCUGUUCCAGCUGAGCACGCUCAGGUGUUUACCUGCCCACGCGCCUUGCCAGGUGCUUACCUGCCCGUGCGCCCCGCCCACGCACCCUGCACCUGUUCACUCCCCCAGACCUUCAGUCAUUCUCAUGUGACAGCCCCACCCCGAGACUAGUUCAACUUUAGAAAACGCUUCACGACUUGACUUUUGUUUUACCACUACCUCCUAGUGUUAUCCAAAAAAACCCCCACUGAGACCAGAAUGAAUCCAAGGACCAUCGUCACGGUGGAGCCGGUAAUCUUUUUGUAUUUGGCAUCGACCUUCUUAAACGCUUUCGCUUUGCAGAGGCUCGUAUUGAUGAAGAUUUGUGAAGACCUAUAUAAUAAAGAGGAUAUGUGCAGAAAUCUGUCUCUUCUUCCUGAAGAGUCACUCGUUACCCAGAGCAAAGCUGCCUAUGUUCUACUUCUCUACACAGCUGUGUUGACUAUUUUGUCCAUACCCCCAUCAAUUUUACUUGGUGCCUGGUCUGAUCAAGCAGGUCGCAAACUUGGCAUGAUAUUACCCAGUAUUGGUGCGUCACUUGGUGGGGCUGUAUUGAUAGUGAUGGUGCAGGUUAAGCAAAUAUCUGUCUAUUGGUGUGUUUUUGCCUCUGCAUUAAUAGGGAUCUUUGGAAAUUAUGUUGCCAUUUUCCUCAGUGUCUUCAGUUAUGUGGCUGACAUCACAACAGAUGAGAACCGUACUAUGCGUAUUGGCAUUGUACAAUCGAUGAUCUAUAUUGGGGGGACUGUUGGGUACCUAUUGAGUGGAUGGCUACUUCAGAAUUACACCUUUACACAUGUUUUUGGUGUAUAUUGUGGCUGUCAAGUGAUAUCUAUUUUCUAUGUACUGCUGUGGUUGCGGGAGUCAAAUCCUGCUGAAAGGGUGCAACUAACUGAUGAAAUAGCUGUGACAGCUAAUGAUAGGGUCUUGAAAAAAAGUAUAUUUUUGUAUGCAUCAAGAACAUGGGAAACGUUUUCAAAGACUCGUGGAGGACAAGACCGAUUGAAGCUUUACUUGAUUUUCGUCUGUGUCGUCUUGAUAUACGUUUGCAAUAUUGGUGAACAGUCUAUCCUGAUUUUAUUUUUGACGUACCCACCGCAACACUUUUCAGUUGAACUUUAUGGAAUAUACAGUGCAAUUAAGAUGUUUCUUGGAGGAGCUACUUUAAUUGGUCUCUUUCCAUUCAUGUUGCACUGCGUCAAAGAAAUGACAUUAGCCAAAGUGGGUGUGUUGGUGAGAUUAGCUUCCCUUGUGCUGCUGGGCUUUUCCACACAAGCUUGGAUGGUAUUUCUGAGUGCGGUAAUGAACAGUCUUUCUGGAUUCACUGGAACUGUGCUUCAGUCUGUGGCAUCUAGUAUCGUAGAACGAAAUGAACAAGGUGCAAUGUUUUCUUGCAUGGCUUCUAUCGAAACAAUCUGUGUUAUAAUUGGGACAACUGUAUUUGAUGCACUCUAUCCCCAAACACUCACAUCAUUUCCUGGAUUUAGCUUCAUUGUGAUGGCUGGCUUCCAAGUGAUUCUAUUGAUUCUUGUACAGUGGAUCAGUGAAAUGAGGACCUCUGCCCUGGUCCUCCCAAGUAGAUGCGAUGAUCAAGAAGACAACAAUGCCUCUUCUUUCUCAGGAAGCUUAGGAAAUUCAACAUGUCCAUAAGGACCCUCACCAACUUUUACAGAUGGACCACAGAAAGCAUUCUUUCUGGCUGCUUCACUGAUUGGUACAGCAACUGCUCUGGCUAAGACCAGACGAAACUACAGAAAGUUGUGAACACAUCCCAGAUCAUCACGAAAGUGAACCUCUCAUCCAUUGACUCCAUCCCCACUUUUCAUUGCAGCAGAAAGGCUGCCAAUAUCAUCCGGUAAUAUUCUCUUCCAACCACUUCUGUCAGGCAGAAGAUAUAGAAGUUUGAACAUGUGCCAACAGAUUCAACAACAGCUUCUCCCAUGCCGUUAUUAGACUGUUGAAUGGACCUCUGUAAUUUCAAACCUAAUGUUGAUCUCGCAAUUGUGUACCUCCUGUGUUGCUGUAACUUUGUAUCCCCUACUUUGUCUAAACUCUCAAUGAUCUGUUUGACCUUGUGUAUUAUAGUCUGCCUGUACUGCUCACAAUACAAAACUUUUCACUGUACUUAGGUAUAUCUGACAACAAUAAAUCAAAUCAAACAUCUUCAGAUCAUCAAUUGUCAGAGAAUAAGAAUUGCAAUGUUUCAACCCAAUGAAGAAUAGCCUUCUGAAUUGUCUUUGUGUGUGGUGCUAAUGGGAAAAGUUGUACCAUAGAAUAAUUCAACCUUACAAUACAAAAGAAGGCCAUUUGGCCCAUUGAUCCUAACCCACUAGCUUUAAUUCAGAAUUGAUGAUAUAGCAGUAAUUUGUUUUUAUCAUUUCAUGGAUUUUAAAAUGACAGAUUAUUGGUUUUAAUAUAGUUAAGGAAUACAUAUUUUAUAUACAUUUAGGCCAACAUUCACUCCUAAUCUUAAACUUUAUUAAUAAUCAUCUGAAAUAAUUACAUUGAAAUCAAGAUUGUUUAACCUGUAGGAAAAGGUAAUUGCAGUAUACUAUGGUGCAUUAAAAUCCCAAGUAGACUUGAAAUAUUUAUAAAUUAAUUGAGAAUAAUCAGGGAGGGAUUGGUGACAUACAGGUAAGGAAGGAAGAUUAAGGUAGCUGCAUAAUUAUAGACGGUAAUUCAUUUCAAUUCUUGUCACCACUUACAAAAAAAAAGUGAAAUAAGUUGAUUGCACAAGGGUGUAAGUCAAUUGUAAUAAAUUACUGCACAUAUUAGCAAUUUAUAAUCCUAAUGUGAGGUCAAAAUUCCAAGAGACUAAUGAUCACAUGCUGACAUUUGAGCAGGUUACAGGAAUAGAAUCCCUGGAAGAAAAAGGAAAAAUAUUUAUCCCAAAUAUACAACCUAGUGUGUGGUUGACUAUUCAAAUUGCUGAUAUGUUAAACUUUGUAAUUUACUUGUACAUCAAGAGGAGGCCAGUUACUAACAGAGUUAUACAAAGGAAGUUCCCUUGUGACAAAGGAUUCUGGGUAAUCUAAGAUGGUGGAUGGGAAAAAAGUUGUGGCUUUAAGAGCUGCUCCUUUUUUGAAGUAUUUUAGGUGUUGGAGGUGAGUUCCUCAAAUUUCAGAAGCGGCAAUUACUGUUGCAUUGUUUUGGAACUUUGGAGAAAAAAGAUCAAAACAACAGCACUUUUAAAAGCAUGUCAGACAAAAGGUAGCGAGCACAUGGUCAGUGAGGGGGAGAGAGAAAGAAACUGACACAGGAGUGCAUCUGCACAGUUAUUGUCCUUGCUGUUUGAGUUCAUGUAAAAGGCAUUUGGAUGGGUAUAUAAAUAGGAAAGGUUUAAGAGGGAUAUGA